AUGUCCUCUGCUGCCCAGGCCGAAUUCAACCAACUCCUCUACAACAGCCAGGAGAAAUCGUCCUCCCACCCCGAAGAUCGUGACCGUGCCUCGAGCCCCUCCGAUACCGAAGAAGACCAAGACCCCCCAACAAACCCCCCCUCCGACUCCGAAGACAUCGACGACAUGCGCUCGCGCACAGCAACCUACCACGUCCCCAACACCGUCUUCGAUGCCAACACAGGCCCCAAGGGCGUCAUCGCCGACGCCCAGGCCUUCGAGCGCGCGAGGAAACAAUCCCACCGCCGGACCCUGGGCGGGCUCGUCUCGGAUGACACCACGCCCUUGAACCACCACUCGCCGCCGCGGGACGGGGCCAAGGAUGACGAUGAGGAGGGUUUCAUGCGCAAGUGGCGGGAGUCGAGGAUGCACCAGCUGCAGAGUCAGAAUGUGAGACGGUCGAGUCCGAGGAGGAAGAGGUUUGGGGGUGUUGAUACCGUUGAUGCCGCGGGGUAUCUGGAUGCUAUUGAGAAGGUUGCGACUGAUACGGUCGUUGUUGUUUGUAUUUAUGAUCCCGAUGUAUGUUUCGCUGCUAUACUUAUCUUCAUGUCUGUGUCGGUCGCUGACUUGGUCCAGUCGAGUGCUAGUGGUAUCGUUGAGGAUUGUCUCAACACUAUCGCCCGUCGGAAUGUCACUACGCACUUUAUCAAGCUUCAUCAGGAGAUUGCUGAGAUGGACCACAUCCAGGCUCCGGCUUUGCUGGCCUACCGAGGUGGUGAUGUCUUUGCUACUAUUGUCGAGAUCUUCAGACAAAUUCCCAAGGGCCGGGCCUGCAGUGCAGACAGCCUAGAGGAGUUACUCAAACAGUACGUCCUCUCACCUUGUCCACAAUUGGCCUACGCUAACUCUUAUAGAUACCGGGUAUUAUAA